AUGUUGAAACAAUCAAGUGAAACUGUGACAAGACGUCUCUUGUCGACAACUGCUUUGAAAAAUGUUAGUACUACCAGGACUAAUCAAAAAGGCAGUAGAAGACGUAUGACGGAAUUUAGAGACGCUAUGAAUGUUGGUCCAUCUUUUCAAGAUUUUAUUAGUGGGAAAGCUGCUGACUAUAUUUAUGAUCCAUUAGAGAAAACUCGUUUAGCUAAUACUGAUAGUAAAGAAAAACUGCCUCAUUGGUUGAAAGUUCCUAUUCCAAAGGGUAAGAAUUUUAAUAAAUUAUAUAAUGAUGUUAGUACACUUAAACUAAGUACAGUUUGCCAAGAGGCUAAAUGUCCAAAUAUUGGUGAAUGUUGGGGUGGUAAAGAUAAAUCAAAGGCUACCGCUACAAUAAUGUUAUUAGGUGAUACCUGUACAAGAGGUUGUCGUUUUUGCUCUGUGAAAACUAAUAGAACACCUGCUAAACCUGACCCAAUGGAACCUGAAAAUACUGCAGAAGCUAUAAAGAGAUGGGGUUUAGGUUAUGUUGUAUUGACUACAGUUGAUAGAGACGACUUAGUCGAUGGUGGUGCACACCAUUUAGCUAAGACGGUACGUAUGAUUAAAGAAAAGACUAAUAAUAAAAUCCUCGUAGAGACAUUAUCUGGUGAUUUUAGAGGAGAUAUGGAAAUGGUUGAUGUAAUGGCUAAGAGUGGAUUAGAUGUAUAUGCUCAUAAUUUGGAAACUGUAGAGGAAUUGACUCCUUUUGUUCGUGAUAGAAGAGCCACUUAUAGGCAAUCUUUAGCUGUAUUGAAAAGAGCUAAAGAAACUGUUCCAACUCUUUUAACUAAGAGUUCAAUAAUGUUAGGUCUUGGUGAGACAGAUGAACAAGUUAUGCAAACUUUAAAAGAUUUAAGAGAAAUCGAUUGUGAUAUUGUUACAUUUGGUCAAUAUAUGAGACCAACAAAGAGGCAUAUGAAAGUAGUAGAAUACGUUCAUCCAGAUAAAUUUAAAUAUUGGAAGGAUGUGGCAGAGAAAGAAUUAGGAUUUCAGUAUUGUGCAUCUGGUCCAUUGGUUAGAUCUUCUUACAAGGCUGGUGAAUCAUUCAUUGAAAAUAUUUUAAAGAAACGUACUGCUAAUUAA